AUGUCAUCAUAUACGAACCCCGUACCCACUCCCGCGGCGGCUGCCGAGCCCUCGUCCGUCGUCGUCGAGUCUUCCGAGGGCACCUCGGUGGCGGCGGGCUCGGUAGCCAAGAGGCGACGUAUUAACUUCGCCUGCAACUACUGCCGCAACCGGAAGACGCGCUGCGAUGAGCAAAAGCCGUCGUGCCGGGCCUGCAUCAACGCCGGCAUCGAGUGCGUCACGACGGACCGGCGGAGGCCCGGCGUCGAGGUCCAGCGCCGGGAGACGAAGCGCCGACUGUCUCGGGCAUCCAGCGCGUCCUUGACGCAUUCGCUGACGGCCGUCGCGUCUCCACACUCACCUCGAGAAGAGCUUGAGAGCUCUGAGCUGCCGCCGCCGCCGCCGGCACUACCGUACACCCGCACCAAGACUUCACCGUCGAUAGAGCUGCUCUACAGCCGUGACCGGACAGCGUCGGUAGCGGCUCCUAAGCUUGUCACGGUUCCCAAGGAUGCUGCCGUCACCAUCAUACCGGAAGAUGAGGAGCCUCCCGCCUGCCAGGCCCCGCCUAAGUAUCAAGGAAAGUUACCUGUAGUACGCCCCAGCCGCGGGAACAACUCGGUCGAGAUCCUCGGCGACUGGUUGGACCUUGCUGCGCGUCGGCUAGGGAUUCAACAAAGGCGCGGGAUGCCAACGCGCAUAGACAGGCCGCCGGCUUACCGCAUUCUGUCGUCUGAACCCUGCCCGUUUCCUCCCAAAGAAAUUGCCCGCAAGCUUGCUGCCCGCUACCUCGAAGGUAUCAAUCUGGUCUAUCCCCUCUUCACCCCAGACCGUCUCAUGCGAGACAUUGACACAGCCGUGGAACUCGGCCCAAUAAACUUCGCAGAGGCACGAGGUUUAGCGGCCUUGGUGUCGGUCUACCUCGUCAUGUCUAUCGCGUUUGCUUCCGCGGCACUAUCGGAACCAACACUGGAUCCCGGGGACUAUGUAAUAUACUGCAAAACUCUCAUUGGCCACCUCGUCACCGUCAACGGCGUCGAGACUGUCAGAUCCUUGGCGCUUCUUUCAUUGUGUCUUCACUGCUAUGAUGAGUGCGCUGGGGCUUGGAACAUUCUCACCACGGCGGUUUCUAUUGCAACGUCGCUGGGCCUGCACAAACCUCGAACGUGCCGAGGCGGCAAAAACAACCGCCCUGACAAGAGGCCAGACUUUGCCAAUGAGGAAGAGCGCAAGGCAUUCUGGCUCGGCAUCUUUUCCUUUGAAAAGUUCUUGGCGUUCGAGUUGGGUCGCCUUUCUUCAAUAGAGGAUGAGGAGUGCUACCCGCCUCAUGUCGAGAUGCCCACGGGCAACGGUACGUCGUCGAAGGAUAAGGCGUUUGCUGUGACCGUCGACCUUGCGAGGAUACUCAGCGAGAUUGGAAGAAAGGCUGUCAUCGUCAGCCGGAAGGAAGACGGACUCCGAGACGGUGCACUACAAGCUAUCAUAGCUGAAAAGGUUGAGACCACAGGGGAGGCACAGCUGCUCUUAACCAGAUGGGGUGAAUCAGUGCCCGAUGAGCUAAGACCGAUAUCAGACAUCUUGAUCGGCUCAAAACAGUGCCCCUUUGCAUCAUUCAUAUCGAUGCAUUAUAAUAAUGCGCUCGUGAUCCUCUCACGAAACAGUCUUCUAAUCAGCGAAGAGGCAAUCACGUCAGGCGCCAACUUGAUUGCUAAAGGCAAACCGUGGGAUUAUAUCAUGCGGAAUGGGCAAGGUCUCACCGCCAACGCCGCCCGGAAAGUUCUCAGGAUAGUAGUCGAAGCGGUCGACUCCAAGUCAAAUGCGAUCCUACCGAAUCUUCUUGCGCCACUCCAUGCACUCACAACCCUAGCUGUCCAUGUCGUAACGCACCCAGACUCUCGCAUCUCAACCAUGGACCUACACCUCAUUCAAACGGCCUCAGACUCCAUGAGAGAGAUAUACACGAGGCUUCGGGGUGACGGCUUACUGGACAUGCUGCUACAGAAGAUCGACUCAUUCCUUCACAAAGGGCUGCCGACGCCAGGAUCGUCGAGUAACCGAACAACUACUACCGUACCAGCCAUGACUCCAAGAUCCAUGCCAGACGCCAGCCCUUGGCAAAACGCUGGGGAGACACCGACGCCCAGAUCGGUAGAUGCUCAGUGGUCUGGCAGUGACGACAGCCGCCGCAGGGAAUCAGGUGGCAAUGUGCCUGGUUCAACAAUGCCCUUUUAUAACCAAGGAAACGGGUUUCCCAGCGGAUCGGAGUUCGGAUUCGACUCCUUUGGCGAGAUGCCCAUGGUUGGCGACGAAUGGUCGCCUAGUCUGUCUGAUGGGAUCGGAUGGGACUGGGCGUGCUUUUCUCAUCUUCUAAACGACCAGUACCAGCCACAGUGA